CUGUUUCUCAGAUGACAUGGUAAACAUUCUUGUGGUUGGUUGUGAUUUGGCUUUGCUCCGUAGUUAUCUUUCACUCACAUGUUUAGCGGGUUAAUUUAAAGGAUAUAUCUUGGAAAGUAGUAUUUUCCCCUAUUUAGAUCUACUUAACUCCACACCUUAACGCACCGCCAUGGAUCACAGCCACCAUCACGAACACAUGAACCACCAUUCCAUGGACAAUGGAAGCAGUGACGUUAAUUCCAUUUUCAACACUCUUCCUGCUACCACAGCUGCGACCAUACUGCAAGCUGUUAUGACCACGAUGAUGGCUCAGGACUCUCCGCACAAGCACCAUCAUUCUGCGAUGGAAACCACUCAUGACAGUCAUUCUUCGAGCUUCAAUGCUAUUGGAGAUCAUUCUUCGCACACUGCAGAUGUCCAUUCAGCACACGUGUCUAGUGGAGGCCACGGAGACAUGCCGAUGCAUUUUCACUUUGGAAUAGAUACUGUAAUUUUAUUUAAAGAAUGGACUACCACAACUACUGAAGGUUUAAUAGGAUCUGUGAUUGGAAUUUUUAUUCUUGCUAUGUUAUAUGAAGGGAUCAAAUUCUUUCGAGAAUUUUUAUUUAAAAAAUAUUUUACUUCACUGGAAUAUUCUUCAGUAUCAGUUUUGGGAGAUGACGGAAAACCUGUUACAGAAGUACACAAAGUUGCAAGGAAUCGUAUGUUCAGCUGGCCUCACAUGCUGCAAACUCUCAUGCACGUAGUUCAAAUGGUCCUAAGUUAUUUUCUUAUGCUAAUAUUUAUGACUUAUAACGUUUGGCUUUGUUUGGCAGUUGUAGCUGGAGCUGGUGUUGGUUACUUUCUAUUUGGCUGGAGAAAAGCAACAGUGGUUGACAUUACCGAACAUUGUCAUUGAAAUUGGCUUCUAGAAAAAUGUGCUUCAUUCACACAUUUCAUUUAUACAUAAAAGGCUUUUGCCUUUUGUUGCCAAAUGAGUAUUAGAAAUCUUAAAGAGAUUAUGAUUGUUGAGAAUCUCUGCUCACUGAUUACUUUCACUGUGUAAUUAACGAAAUAAUUCUUUAUGUAAACUGCUUUCUGGAAUUUUUUUUUUAACACAAGAUGACAUUAUUUUGCUGAAUACAUUUA